AUGGAAGUAACCCGGCGGCCGGCAUACCUAGCUAGCAUCAUGCAAGUAAUAAACAUUGUUCUCGUAAUGUUCUCCAGUAUCCGCACAAGGAGAGAGGUGCGGUGUACGAUUACACGUGCGGCGAUUGGUAACCGCGUUGUUGGUAUGUGUUCAUGUACAAUCUACUUAUAUUUUUAUGUGUGUGAGACUGAGAACUGCGUUCGGCGUGGGACGGGGCAGUGCAUUUUUUGCGAACACGAGAUGAACGGCAGGCCGUUGAACUCUGCCGCUUGUCUCGGUACCAAAUUUUGCCAACGGAGCGCAUCUUUCAGUAUCUUUACUUAG